AUGCGCCCCUCCACCGCACUUUCCUCUUCCGCAUUAGUGAGUCUGCUCUAAUCGUUUUUUGCUCCUAAAUCUUUUUAAUCACAGAACUAUCUUGAAUCGCUAGAGAGGAACUCAAAAGCGUUGCGUGGCAACAAUAACGACGGAGCAGCGCAGCCGCCGACGGCCAACAAAAAAGAUGAGAGCUCGACGAAGCCCAGGUAAUCAUAUUUGUGGUGUUGUACUAUUGAAAGCCUUGUUUUAGUGCCCCGCCACUCAAGCGACGGGAAUCGAUUGCGGAAGUUAUCAGUCAGGUUCGACGCAGGAAUUCCCUCUCUCGGACCAACUCUGAUGACGUGGACGUUUUGAAGUAAGGCUUCGAGAGAAGACGUCAAAGAGUAGGAGACAUUUUCAGUGAAUCCCUAAAGUCAUCGGUGUUCGACGAGAGUCUUUCGAGCGAUACGGACGACAGCGAAGAGAGUACGACUAGAAUUCUGCCACUGGGAACUCCAGGUAACUUCAUAGUCAUAGUCCUUUUGCGGAUUGCGAAACUAUUAAUUGUAGGGCAGCAAGUGGGUCGGAAGAGUUUGAAAGAGAUUCGAGAAUUGAGGAAUUCCAUCGAUCACUCACUCAUAAAGCCUCCUGAAGUCAUGAUGCUCCGUGGAAAAACAGAGGAUGCGAAGAAGAAAACCGUGAGUCCUUUCUUUUUUGGAAUGAAUUUUAGCAACUCAUUUUCAGCCGUUUGAAAGCAUCAAGGAAGAAAUCCCUGAAGACCUUCCCCAAGCGAAACUUCCUUCCAAAAGUCCCUUCAAAAAGGCAAUUCAAAGCGGAAGCGAGAGCUCCGACGCCGAAUCGAUCGUUUUUGAUGAGGUUUUCGAGGAAGUCUUGCCCUCACCGUCAAGGAAAACUCAAAGUCUAUCGAGAGCUCAAACUACUUCGACUCGAACUGUAGCUCCAACUCCGAGUGCUCCGAUUAAAACUGAGAGCCAAGCAAAGAAGAGAAAGGAGAAGACACCGACGCCAACUUCUUCAGAGUCCGAGUCUUCCGAAUCUGAAUCCGAAUCUUCAUCUUCCUCUUCAUCGUCUUCAUCUGAAGCAGAAUCCGAAUCGAAAUCAGAAGCUUCUACAAAAUCCUCAUUAAAGACAUCAGCAACAUCUAAAAAGAACAGUUACGGAUCGGAUUUCGAGUCGGAAAAGUCGUCUUUAUCUACCGUAUCCAAAGCCUCUUCCGUAUCCACAGUGAAGGCGCCCAAAGCGGAAUCUCCAGUUCCUUACCAAGAUUUCAUACCGAAAAUGAGUUCGGAAUCCGAAUCUUCGAAAUCGACAGUCAGAGAAACGCAUCGGACACUGGAGAAGUCGAUGGAAACGAAGGAGAAAGAGAAGAAGGUGAAUGUGGAGAAGAAAAAGGACAAGUCGGAACGGAAAUCUUCCUUACCAACGUCUUCUUCGUCUUCCACUUCAUCUUCCUCAUCGUCAUCAUCAAGAGGGAAAGAUUCUGGAAAAGAACCGGAGAGACGGAGAAGAAGCCGAAAUGCCAGUGAGCACAGUAGGCGAAGGCGAUCCGAAGGUGACUGACUUUCUAGAACAUUCCAGGCAACCAAGUUCAUUUCUAGAGCCCCACACCUGUCAAGCAAACGUGCACAACGUUCUGGAAUCGGUGAUCAAGACGCACGUUCAGAUGCUCGACGAGUUCAAUCGGAUGGAGUUCGCGGCGGUGAGCGAAUGGACGGAAGUGCUCCGGAAGUUUGACCGCGACGAUCGACCCAACUCACGCAGACUGAAGGAGAUUGUGGAGAGACGGCUGAACAGAAAAUACUGA